AUGGCUGAGGCACAGAUACCUGUAAAAGUCGGGGUGGUGUUAGACAUGGAUGCUUAUGGAAAUAUGACAUUCAACUGCAUAUCAGCGGCGCUCACUGAUUUCUAUGCUACACACGAUCAUUAUAAGACGAGGCUUGAUCUCAUCAGUCGGGACUCCAAAGGCGAUGUCAUCGGGGCAGCUGCAGCAGCACUGGACUUACUGAAGAAUGUUCAAGUGCAAGCAAUCAUAGGUCCCAUGUACUCGGUGCAGGCUAACUUCCUUAUAUCUCUCGGACAACGAGCUGAAGUUCCGAUUAUUACCUUCUCAGCCACAAGUCCAUCUCUCUCAUUACUUCGGAGUCCGUACUUCAUUCGGGCUGCUCUAAACGACUCUUCGCAAGUAGGCCCCAUAGUUGCAAUCGUCCAAGCCUUUGGAUGGAGAGAAGUUGUCCUUAUUGAUGAGGACAAUGAAUUCGGAGAAGGGAUUGUACCAUUUAUGGUUGAUGCUCUCGGAAAGGCAAAGGUCCUCGUACCUUACCGGAGUGUCAUACCACCAUCAGCAACGGACGAUCAAAUUGCUGCGGAGCUUUACAAGCUGAUGACUAUGCAAACAAGAAUUUUCAUCGUCCAUAUGCUCAACCCUCUUGCGGCUCGCCUAUUCACGAAAGCGAAAGAAAUAGGAAUGAUGAGUCAAGACUAUGCAUGGAUAACAACCGACAGCGUCGCAAAUGAUUUUAAUUCAAUGGAUCCUCCUUCCAUCAUGCUAGGAGUAAUAGGUGUACGGCCUUAUUUUCCAAAGACUAAACAUCUCGACGACUUUAGAAUUCGAUACAAAGAAAUCGUUCAGCGGACCAAUCCCAAAUCUCUCACUUAUGAUCCUAACAUUUAUGUGCUAUGGGCUUACGACUCCGCAAUUGCACUAGCGAUGGCAGCAGAAGAAGCAGGGUAUAAAGAUCUUACAUAUCAAGUGACAAAAACUUCUUCAAAUUCUACGGAUCUUGAAUCCUUUGGAGUAUCGUUAAGUGGACCAAAUCUCACUCGGGCUUUAUCAAAUACCACAUUUGUAGGACUUGCCGGAAACUUUCAAUUAAUCAAUGGCGAACUCCAAGCACCUCCAUAUGAGAUAGUCAAUAUGGUGGGCUCGGGAGCUAGUGUCAUAGGAUAUUGGACGAAAGAAAAUGGAAUUGUCAGUGAACCAAACUUUACAAGUUCAAGCGCAAAUGCAUAUUAUCCCACUUCCAAGUCCAACCUCGGAUCGACUAUAUGGCCGGGGAACAAAUCAUCUCCACCUAAAGGUUGGGUGGUUCCAACAAACGGGAAGAAACUUAGAGUCGGGGUACCUGUAAAGGUUAGUUUCACUGAGUUUGUUCGUGUUACAUGGAAUUCCGACAAUUCAACCAAAGUGGAAGGAUACUGCAUAGAUGUUUUCGAUGCGGUGAUGGCAGCACUACCAUAUGGUGUGCCGUAUGAAUAA